AUGGCUGAAUCAAACCCACACGACUCGCUGGACCACAAACUCGAUGCCGAAAUCAACUACACAGAAGAUAUUCAAACUUCCAAAGACGAUGGCCACUCACACGUCAAAGGCAACGCCUUCCUCGUCCGUGAAGACGGCCAAGUCCGUAAAAUCCCCGUCCCCUCAUCCAACCCCAACGAUCCACUUAACUUCUCUCGCUGGGAAAAAUACGGCAUCAUAUUCUGUUGCUGCUGGUUCUCCAUCAUGGGUCUUUCGAUUGCCGGCGGUCUCGGCGCCAUCUUGAAUGUAUUUUUCGACAUGUAUAGUCCGCAGGGGUAUACGGCUGAUGAGAUUGUGUUUUUGAUUACACUGCCGACGCUAUGCAUUGGACUAGGAAACUACAUCAUCCUGCCGUUAGGAUUAGCAUACGGUCGUCGUCCGGUUUUCCUCAUUUCCAUGGUAAUUUUGUUCGUGGCUACUAUCGCCGCUGCUGUGCAAAAUAGUUACAAUGGCCAUCUUGCAUCGCGUAUCGUACAGGGUCUCGCAACGGGCUCAUCCGAAUCCCUGCUCCCGCUCAUGCUUACAGAAAUCACCUUCUUGCACGAGCGCGGCCGGAUUUUCGGGUUAUACUGGACGGUUCAGAAUGCGCUUAGCUCUUCUAUCAACCUGGCGAGUACUUAUCUGAAUGAGGAUAUGGGGUGGCGGUGGUACUACUGGGUUUUCGUCAUCACAAUCGGGUUUGGACUCGUAAUUGCGUUUUUGCUGGCCUUUGAAACGCAAUUCACGCGGUCGCCGGCUAGUUUGGAUGGUUUACUGAUUUUCACGGAUGAAUUUGGGGUUACCAAGGUUAUCCCGGAUGAAGAGGCGCAGGAUUACUUUGCGCGGGUGGGCGAUGCAGGGUUGAGCGUACCCGUUGCAGACGCGAAUGAGGCCGAUGUACCACGGAAGACGUACCUUCAGAAGCUGCGACCCUGGUCACCGGUUCAGAAACAGCCGGUUAAGAUUAUGGUUAUGACGUAUCUGCAUAUGCUGCAGAGUCUGGCCUCCCCAGGUAUCCUGUUUGCCAUCCUGAGUUCAUCGGUUGCCCUUGGCUGCAGCGUUGGCAUGUCGCUGACGUACAACGCCGUGUUAAACGAGAACUACGGAUGGGAUGUCAAGAACAUUGGGCUUAUAAACGUCGGUGGUGUCAUUGGCGCCGUGUUCGGAAUGGUGUAUUGCACAUUCAUCGGCGAUAAGUUCGUUCUCUACGCUGCGCGACAAAACAAAGGCAUUCACAAACCGGAACACCAUCUCAUUGUUCUCAUCCCACCAGGCAUAGUCGGUGCCGCAAUGCUGGUUCUCUACGGCUUCACUGCCGGAGGCGGUGCAACUUGGUGGGGUCCAUACAUGGCGUGGACACUGUUCCAAUACACGUUUACUGCCGUACUCAUCGUGUCUACGACGUUUGCGUCUGAGGCUGGGGCGCAGCAUCCCGGGCCUGCGCUGGUUGUUGUUGUGGGGACCAAGAAUAUUGUUUCCUUUGGUCUUACGUAUGGACUCACGCCCAUGGUUGCAAAGCAUGGAUACAAGUGGGCGUUUGGUGUGUUGGCGGGUAUUUUCAGUGCCAUUUUCCUGCUCGGUAUUCCUGUUUAUUAUUUGAACCCGAUGUGGCGCGCAAGGAGCAAAAAGAACUAG